GUGUGAUUUUUCCUCCCCAUCCUAGCCUCAAACUGACGCAUUCACAUAGCAGCUCUUCAGCAGCAACUCGAGGCUCAGGUUUAUGUAUCUGAACACUUCAUAUCUUCGUAUCAUCGCAUGAACACCAAUCAACAUGCUUCCUGAGACUCUCCUCCAGCAGUGAUGCCUGCCGUCAGCCCCCCCGCCCCUCUCCUCUGUGUGCUGCUCUGUGUGUCGGUGGCUCUGCAGCGCUCUGACCUGCGUCUCGCCUACGUGACCCACAACAGCUUCUUUUACUACUCCUGCAGCCAGGAGCCGCAGCCCUGCAGCGUCUCAUCACUCACAGACUGCAGAUGCAAGGACAUCCAGCUUUCCGCACUGCACCACCCGCAGUCGCACUCGUCCCCCGUCUUCCGGAUGAGACGUUUGACUGUUUGGUUCACGUCGCCAUUAAACACGGCUCGUCUGCUCAACAACUCGGAGGUCAGACACCUCACUCUGAUUCACUGUGGCCCUGGAGGAUCUAGAGAGACGCCUUCUUCUUCUUCUUCUUCUUCUUCUUCUUCUUCUUCUUCUUCUUCUUCUUCUUCUUCUUCCCUGGAGGGACAUUUUGCUGUGCAGCACCUUGAGAGGCUGACGGUGGUGAACUUGGAGAAGUGGCCGGUUAACAACUAUCCGGAGGCGAACAGAGCCAAGAACACAGACUCAAACAGCGACCCUGACAGAGAUAACGGUGCUCACUUUGACACAAAUAGAUACAAGAAGGAUAAAGACACAAACUUGGACAUGAGAGAUUCUUCGGCUUUGUACUCAACCCAGAGCCAGACCCAAGACAUCUUCCUGGGCAGGGAGCUGGGAGCGGAGUUUUAUGAACAGGCCAGACUGGGAAUCAUCCACAGCUCUGUGCUGGAGUGGGGAGCAGUGGUCAAAGCCUACACGGUUCAGACGCACAUAGACAAUGACGGCGUGCUGCCAUUCCCUGAUCUCCACCUGCCAAAAUUACCGGAGACAUCUGUCAUAUAUGUCAGCUUUGUGUACUGAUGCUUUACUUUUAUAGGAGGAAGAUGAUCUAGUGUUCAGGAACCUGCAAAUAAUCACUUUCAUGCUCACCAGGGAUCCUCAAUUUUGGAUAAUCAUUGGGUCUUUUUUGUUGCAGGCCUCCGUUUUUUGCAUUUUUGGACACUCACGUAAACCCAAGCAAAACUAAUUUCGAUUUUUCUCAUCCAAUAGCUUCAAUCUUAAUUUUCCCAAGUGGCCUUAAAACUUUGCACAGCUGUUUAUCAGCAUGUGAAAUCAAAAUAUGUCUGUUAAUAUGAGACCCUCUGAGGGACCAGAAUAGCCUGCCAACCCUCUCCAGCUGACCUGUCCUUUUUUUUAAAAUUCGCCCCUUGUUUUUCUGCUCCACUACAAAGACAGAAAAUGUGAACUUCCACCAUGAUGUGCAUCCCACUGAAGCACUGACCGGUUGCUGAAUUCACAAUGAAUAUAAAGCUGCUGUCUGUUUUUUUCAGCUUUUCAUAAUGUGCUUGUCAAAUGUUGUGACGAGUUAACUUGAAGGCCAAAAUGACAUCACUAGAGGGAGGACAUUGAGCUAUUAUGGACUUUGUGCAGCAUAAAUCCCACUGAGCUCUGCCCUGGCAUUCCUACAGCUGACCUCUGACCUCUGUGUGAAAGAAAAGAAAGACUUUCUCCUCUGGGAUCAAUGAAUCAUCUUAAAUGUGAAAUUACAUGUUUGGUUCCAGGAUUAAACCACAAGAUGGCAGCAGAUACAUUUAAAUCAAAUAGGAAGACAAACUGAAGUGAUAAGGACAGACUGAGCUGAAUGACAGCAGGAGGAAAAACAUAGUUUUCUUUAUUUUGUUUUUAAAGUCUACAACUCUUAAAGAAUCCAGCAAACCUUAAAUUCAGCUAAUGUGUCAUGACGUAUCUCAGCACUUUAAAAGCCUGUGAGGAAUACUGUUGUCAGAAUAGAGGUUUACAAGGUUAUAAAUUAUGGCAUGAUAUUUAUUUGUUUACAAAAAAAAAUGAACUGAACAAUGUCAUCACUUGCAUUUGUUUAAAACAGAAAUAAAUGAUUUACUCAUCGCUCAUCGGAAUAUAACAUGAUGGAUAUUGUCCAAAAUUUGAUUAGUCCAAAGUUGCAAGUUAAACCCAUAUCUUAGAAUGGAUUUAAUGUUUACAAUAUGAGGUAUAAAUGCUUUGCAUAAUAGAGGGACAUCCACCUAAAAAUCACAUUUUAUAAGUGUGACCAGAAACAAUUUGAAUUGUUUUUUUUUUUACAAUCACUGACCAUUGUGAGGUACAGCUGCAUUUGUCAGGUUAAAGCCUCGUGUGUCUCUUCAGUCUGAUAAUGAGUCCUGUUUAUGUGUGUGUGUGUGUGUGUGUGUGUGUGUGUGUGUGUGUGUGUGUGUGUGUGUGUGUGUGUGUGUGUGUGUGUGUGUGUGCUGACACCUGCUAGAGGGCCGCUUAUUUGCAUGAUAAACGGCGCUGCGCAUCUUGUUAAGCGCCCCGUGAAUGCACAACUGAUGUCGCCUGUUGAUCCUGCACCUGAGAGGUCACUGCACCC